CCUGUGAUUUCCGCGCCAACCCCGCCCCUCGCGUGGACAUUUAUCCUCUCCUGCUCCGGCCCUGCCGCCAUCGCCGAAGAUCCAGCGCCUAGAGAGACACCAGAGAACCCACUAUGGCCCCCUUUGUGCCCCUGGCCUCUGGCAUGCUGUUGCUACUGUCACUGAUAGACACCAGCAGGGCCUGCACCUGUGCCCCACCCCAUCCACAGACGGCCUUCUGCAACUCUGACUUCGUCAUAAGGGCCAAAUUUAUGGGGACCACAGAAGUCAACAUGACCACCUUUCACAAGCGUUAUGAAAUCAAAGUGACCAAGAUGUUCAAAGGGUCCAAUCCCUUGGGACAUGCCAACAACAUCCGGUUCCUCUACACCCCCGCCAUGGAGAGCCUCUGCGGGUACUUCCACCCGUCCCAGAACCGCAGCGAGGAGUUUCUCAUCGCUGGACAACUGCGAGAGGGGAACUUGCAUGUCACCACCUGCAGUUUUGUGGUUCCCUGGCACAGCCUGACCUCUUCUCAGCACAAGGGCUUCACCAAGACUUACUCUGCUGGCUGUGGAGCGUGCACAGUGUUUCCCUGUUCAUCCAUCCCCUGCAAAUUGUUGAGCGACACUCACUGCUUGUGGACAGACAUGCUCCUGAGUGGUUCUGAAAAGGGCUUCCAGAGCCGCCACCUUGCCUGCCUGCCACGGGAAUCAGGGCUGUGCACCUGGCAGUCCCUACGGACCAAGACAGACUGAAUGAAGCCUGCCAUUCAUGGCAACUGAAGCCUUCACGGUGUUCACUCCCUUCCCACUCUCCUGUUUCUCCCAGUUUUAAAAUAAAAGAACUGUCAUUUAGCAGA